AUGCUCACCCGCAUCCCGACCGGCACCUGGCUCCCAGCGUACGUGCCCCAGCGCACAACCGUGCUGGCAACCAUCCUCCUGCUGUGCUCGAUGGUGCAGAGUGCCACCGUCGGCUACGACGGGUCCUGCCUCAACGGCCUCAACAUCCUGCCUUCGUACGCAAACUACUUCAACCUCAAUGCCGCGACGACGGGGUUGAACACGGCGAGUAUCUUCAUCGGCGGCAUCCUGGCCAAUCUCGUCGGCGGCAUGCUAACCGACCACUACGGCCGCCGCCUCUCCAUGCUCUACUUCUCCCUCCUCUCCCUUCUCGGCAUAGUCCUGCAGGCAGCAGCACAAAACACGGCCAUGUUCACCGUAGCCCGCGUCGUGCUGGGCUUCGGGACGGGCGUGAAUGGCAUCGCGGCGGGCGUGUACUUGAACGAGGCGUUUCCCAGCCGGUGGCGGACGUGGGGGGUGGGGACGCUCAACAACUUUUACUACAUCGGCGCGCUCAUCGCCGCUGGCGUCACGCUCGGCACCAGCUCGUGGCCCAACUCUACCUGGGCGUGGCGCCUGCCUUCCCUCCUGCAGGGCGUCUUCAGCAUCAUCUGCAUCGUCCUCCUACCGUUCAUCCCCGAAUCCCCCCGCUGGCUAGUCCACCGCGGCCUCAACGACGCAGCCCGCACCACCGUGGCGGCAUGCAACGCGGACGGCGACGCGUCCGACCCGCGCGCCAUGGCGGUGUACGCCGAGAUCGUCGACACACUGACGUGGGAGCGCGAGGUGGGCAAGACGCUGUCCCCGCUCGAGAUCUUCAAGGGCAAGACUACGCGCCGGAGGCUCAUGAUUGGGGCUUCGCCGGGAGUCAUCACCUCGAGCACGGGGAACAUUAUCGCGUCGUAUUACCUCGGCGACGAGCUCACCUCCGCCGGGGUCACCUCGUCCCUCGCGCAGCUCAAAGCCAACGUCGUCCUCAACGUAUGGUGCCUCGCGUGCGCCGUCGCGGGCACCCAGCUGCUCGUGCGCUGGGGCCGCAAGCCGAGCGCGCUCGCGUGCCAGUUUGCUCUCAUCGUGCUGCUGUAUAUCAUUGGCGGGCUGAGCAAGGUGUAUGCCGACCACACUGCGGCGGGGGUGACGAGCUCGAAUGCCCUGGUAUAUGGCAACGUCGCGGCGAUUUUCCUGUUCCAGGGGGCGUACUCCGUCUGCUACACGCCCAUCCUCAAUCUCUACCCGCCGGAGAUCAUGAACUUCUCUAUGCGCGCCAACGGUUUCGCGUUCAUGAACCUGUUGUUGAACUGCUGCGCCCUCGUUCUCGUCUACGUCAUGCCGAUUGGAAUCGCCAAUAUCGGCUGGAAGAUGUACAUGGUCAACGCGUCGUGGGACUGGCUGUUCCUCAUCUUCAUUGCCGUGUUCUGGGUCGAGACAAAGGGCCGCACGCUCGAGGAGAUUGACGAGAUCUUCGAGGACCGGCACCCGCACGUCUCGGACGUGGAGGACAAGGCGGGGCAUCCGGUGGAUGUCAGUGUGGGGGAGGUCAAGGAGGUGCCGGAGGAGGGUAAGGUGGAGUAG